AUGUUGCCCACGGAGGUCUCCGGAGGAGUGUGUUUCACGUCAAGCGAUCACACUGAGGGCAGGAGAGAAGGAAUGAAAACAGAGGAGAACCAGCAGUCCUGUUUGCAGCAGCCUCCAUCCUCCACGCCUUUUGGUCCAGAGUACAGAGGAGGGGGAGAGGUGUGCGCGGGCUGCGAGUCUCCUAUCGCCGACCGCUUCCUGCUGCGCGUGAACGAGCGCUCCUGGCACGAGACCUGCGUCAAAUGCGCGGUGUGUCUGAGCGCACUCAGCGGGACCUGUUACUGCAGGGACCGCCUGCUGUACUGCAAGCACGACUACGAAAAGCUUUUUGUAAGGAAGUGCAGUGCCUGCCUGCAGGUCAUUGGACGCUCUGAGCUGAUCAUGCGAGUCCUAGGCCAGGUGUACCACCUGGGCUGUUUCAGCUGCUGCGAGUGUGAACGCCGACUGCAGAGAGGUGAUGAGUUUGUGCUGAAAGAAGGCCAGCUGCUCUGCCGCAUGGACUAUGAAAAGGAGAGAGAAAUGUUGGCUGCUAUUAGUCCCACACCGACUGAAUCAGUGAAAAGUGAGGAUGAAGAUGGGGGUGGGGGCUCUGGUGGUGGAAAAGGUGGUGAUGAAGGCAAGGAGCACAAGCGUUCAAAACGACCACGCACCAUCUUGACCACACAGCAGCGACGAGCUUUCAAGGCCUCCUUUGAAGUAUCAGCUAAGCCAUGCCGGAAGGUAAGAGAAACGCUGGCUGCCGAGACCGGGCUGACAGUACGAGUUGUUCAGGUGUGGUUUCAAAACCAAAGAGCAAAGAUGAAAAAGAUUGCUCGUCGACAGCAGCAACAGCAGCAGCAACAGCAGGAACAAGAGCAACUGGGAGGGACCAGGAGAGGACCGAGCAGAGGGGGCCGCCAAAGCAAUGAUGACAGUGAGGAUGGGUCAAGUACUCAUGGUAUGGAUGGCUUGCUGGGGUAUCCAUCUCUGCCACGUCAGCAGCUCCUGGCUCUGGACCCCAACAUCUAUGGAGGAGAGCCAUUUCGACAUGGGCUCACACCACCACAGCUGAACAGUGACCAACUCCACUCUUAUGACUCUGAGACGGUCUUCCACGAUUUGGAUAGCGAUGGAAGCCUCAGUCACCUUGGCGACUGUCUCUUAGCAACAGGGGAAGGUGGUCUCUUAGCAGGGCGAGUGGGAAACCCCAUUGACCGUCUCUACUCCAUGCAGAACUCCUACUUCACCUCCUGA